AUGCUGAUUCUGAUUUUGAUAUUCAAUCUCCUGAUUCGCAACGCAAACGCCAAGAGCGUAGAUUCGAAAUGCAAAAGACAGGCGAGACGGGAGUUUGAAGUUUACGCUUGGCCUCUGCAUUUGGACCCGCAUCUAUAUCCGCUUGAAAACAUAACAACUAUCGCCCAGUGGGGACGAAAGAAUGUUGAGUUUUUUCACGACAGUGGAAUAAGGGUUGAAUUUUGCGUUGGAAAUGAGCAUGUUGACUUUGUUGACCUCAAUGACCAGGCUUAUAGAAAAAGGCUUGUCGAUUUCAUUCGCACGACUGUCGAUGAGGGUUGUUUCGAUGGAGCAGUUUUCGAUGCAGAAGGACCAAUCUUUGACGAAGAGACUAAAGAAGCAUACGUCUCAUUAAUAAAGGAAACAAGAGAAGCCCUUCUUGACCUUGGACCCGACAUCUCCCUGUCGAUGGCGGUGCCGUUUGACCCAAAGCCUUUAGCUUGUCUAUCCGGCAGGUGCAAGCUGUGGGACAAAAUGGCGGAGCACAUGGACACACUCUUUAUAAUGGGAUACGAUAGCCAGGAUAAUAUAAUAACGGCCUCUGCCUCUUCUCCGUUGGACAAGAUAACAGAAGGGGUCGAGAAUUAUCUCAAAAUGGGAAUUCCAAAAGAAAAGCUCGUUCUUGGAGUUCACUGGGCCAGCUACCGAUACCCUUGUGUCUACAUGAAUCGGCACCAUAAUCCCAUCCCUCCAUGCGUCGUGGACUUUGCCCAUAGAUUGAUUGAUUCAUUAUCGAAUGCUCUUCAUAAUUGCUCUGAAAACGCACUUGACGGAGUCAACUACGACAGUGACUCGCACACAGUCUACUGCUCCACCCGAGAAAAUGGGCACUACCGACAGCGCUGGUUUGACACACCAGCGACUUUGGCAGAAAAAUACAAGAUGGCGGCUGCUCAUGGACUGGCUGGGCUUGGAAUGUGGUCAUGUGAUUUGAUCGACUAUCCAUUGUCGGCAAAUCCACUUUCGAAACAGUACUGGGAUCAGAUUGCGGAGUACGCUAGGGGUUCAGAAAUUUGUUGA